AUGAAGCUUCUCCUGCUUUUCGUUUUUGUUGCGGGAUCUCUGGCGCUGAUCUGUAAUGAGUGCAGACCCGAGAAUAUCGCCCUGGAUGGGACUGUGAAUAUGGGCAAAGUCCAGGAGGAGGCAAAUGGCUGCUUGCGCUUGCCCUUGACAUGCAAAGUUGGCGAAGAUAUCUUGCUAAACGGCAACAAAUGGUACCGCGGCCAGAUCUGGUUGACCUGUCAUGCGAAAAAGUGGUAUUUCGAGAUGAUGUUGGGCGAGCCGAUUCGCGCGAUUACCUGCAAAGACACCAAGGGAAAA